AGGAGGAAGAGAGUGAGGAGGAGGGAGAGGUAGGGGAGGAACAGGAAGAGGGGCAAGUAGGGGAGGAAGAGGAGGGAGAGAAACAGCAGGAGAGUGCUGAGGACUUGAUCCAAGAGCUCUCAGCUACUGGGUCAGAACAGGGGGAAAAGAGAGAUGAUGAAGACCAGAAAGCAGAUGCUUCAUAUGUUGAUGAGGAGGAGCAUGAUUUCCCCGAGGGCCAUGAGAACCAUAUCACUUUGGGUGCCCUAAAGCAGGAUUCAUCAGCUGAUGGCCAAGAUAACCAGUCAAUAGAUGAGCCCAGAAGAAGGUCAAGAAGAAAGCCCUCAGGAUGUGAUCAGACACCUGGUAGAGUGAUCUACGUCAAAAACCUUCCCAGAGGCUUCUAUACAGAUAGUGACUUCCUGAAGAUUGUUAAAGGCUUCGGGAGAGUGCAUCGCUAUUACCUCCAUGGCAAUGGUGAAGAAGGCUUCAUUGAGAUGGAGAGGUCUUCUGAUGCGACAAAGGCUUUAAGAGAGCUGCGUUAUGAUAGCUGUAAAUUAUACGGCCAGAGGGUGACCAUCCUGCGGUCUCAGAAAUACAAAAGAUUAAUAACAGGGUGGAAACCUGAACCAGACUCUGAUUCUGAAAGUGAUCAGAAGAAAGAUCACAGCGAUAGUAGAAGCAGCAGCAGGAUAAGGAGAUGGAUCAGCAGUCACUCGAAGUCAGCAGCUAAAGACGAGGAGACGAAAGAGGAGGACGAGGAGACGGACGAGGAGGACGAGGAGACGAAAGAGGAGGACGAGGAGACGAAAGAGGAGGACGAGGAGACGAAAGAGGAGGACGAGGAGACGGACGAGGAGGACGAGGAGACGGACGAGGAGGACGAGGAGACGAAAGAGGAGGACGAGGAGACGAAAGAGGAGGACGAGGAGACGAAAGAGGAGGACGAGGAGACGAAAGAGGAGGACGAGGAGACGGCACGACAAGUACACUCCGAACAGCGUAGUAAACAAUCGUCUGAUCCAGCCAAACACUUUCACAUGGACAGAGGAGCGUCUAAAUUGAAUACUGACAAAUUCUCCAACAGUGAAGACCAAAACAAUGCCCCUGUCUCUGCUGCUGAGGAUGAGAAGCGGGCCUGUAGCACCGAGGACAAUGUAGAAACCAAGAUGGAGGAUAAUGUGGAAAGAGGACCAGAUUACGUGAAGACUGGUAUGGAGUCAUCAUUCCAGCCCAACAACCCAGUGGGAAGGGAAUUCAUUAAACCUGUCAUGGGCUAUUUCUGCAACCUGUGUCAAGUAGUCUAUGUCAGUGAGGAUGAAGCAAAGAACCAACACUGCAGCAGCCUCUGUCACUAUCUGAAGUUUAUGGAACAUUCAGCUAAAGACACAGCCUCUAGCUAAAAGAUGUCCAUCUCUGGAGGAAGUUGACAAGAUGACAGUCUUAAACCCAAUUUAACAGGAAGUGUUACAAGCACUUCUGGAGGAGUGUGAAGAAUUUGGAAUUUUGCCAUGUCUUAAAGCUCAGAAGAAAGCCACAGGUUUUACCUAAUCCACAAGAGGCUCUUUGUGAAACUCUUCCUAGAACAAUAAAUUGGAUUGCAGAUUAUGUUCAUCUGUAUUGGUUUAUAUGAACAAAUGUACAGCACCUACCUAUAUAUAUUGUUAAGUUUGUGUUGUAAUAGCUCAGAUCUACUUCCGGUAACUUGGUUUGUUUGUCCUAUGCUUGGAAUUAAAGCUAUUAGAAAACCCUAUCUCGUUUGUUUUCAAGAUGAGUUGAAAUAGAAUUUCAUUCUAAAAUAUUAUGUUAAUUAACAUGCAUUCAUUUUUUGCUUUUUUGUAAUUUUAACAUAAUUCAAGCACGAUAACAUCACCACCGAUACUGAACAAAAAUAUGAAUGCAACAUGCAACAAUUUUACUGAGUUACAGUUCAUAUAAGGAAAUCAGUAGAUUUAAAUGAAUUAAUUUGGCUCUAAUUUAUGGAUUUCACAUGACUGGGAAAGGGGUGCAGUCAUGGGAGGGCAUAGGUCAACCCACUUGGGAACCAAGUCCACCCAUUGUGGACCAAGGCCCAACCAAUCAGAAUUUGUUUUACCCCACAAAAGGGCUUUAUUACAGAAGGAAAUACUUCUGUUUCAUCAGGUGGCUGGACUGGGUGUGGCUUUCGUGCUUACUUGUGAGGCUGGUUGGACGUACUGACAAAUUCUCUAAGAUGACAGAGGUCAGCUUAUGGUAGAGAAAUUAUUAUUCAGUUAUUCAAGUAAUAAGGAAUUCUCCUUGACCACACCCACAAAUUGGGGGGAAAACAAACAUUCUUUCCUUUUGACCCCCAGUGUAAAAGAGCCAACAUUGUAGUCGAUUUGUUGUAAAGAAAUAACAAAACAUGCCGAAAACCUGCUGUGUUAUUCAAUGUACAUGUAACCAGGUCAAACAUCCUGACCUAUGGUUUGCAAUGCUCCCACUUUGGGAAAUAGGCUGCCACAGUAGCUAUGUGUGUGGAAAACAUUUCAUUGCAGAAAAUCCAUUUAACCUUGUUUAGUUUAGUCAGUUUGUAACUCUACUUAUAGUUGUGUAGUUAAAUUGUUUGUGUUAGCUUAAUGUUCUAGUUGCUAGCUAGCGUUCACUCAUGUGGCCACUUAGCACCCUCAUGAAAAGGGCAUUUAAAAAAAAUGUUUUUAUUUAACCCUUAUUUCCUGGCGUGGGGGAGCCCUACAAUAGUAUGUUUUUCUAAGUAACGAGAACGCACGGGAGCAGGCAACGCUGACAAGUAAUCUUUAGAUAUGUUGUACUUUUCUUUAAAUAUUGUUUAGCGAUUGACUAAAACAAACAAGACAACAAGAAAAUGCGUCUUUUGAAAAAGGUCAAGUUUGUGCUGUCAGGCAAAUGGGGGUAACCACAGGUUGAUGUCCUUUACAGACGGCCUGGGCCGUGACAUGCUAUGUAAUAUAAAGCGACCAGAUUUCUGAAAUGAAAAACAGGGACGUCUGGUCGCCCUAAUGUAAUACCAACUGGGACUAUGGCGCUGCCAUGCUAAAACAUGCUUUUGGGCACUAGAGUACUCUAUAAUCUGUGCUAGAGUCCUCUAUAAUAUGUGCUAGAGUCCUCUAUAAUAUGUGCUAGAGUCCUCUAUAAUCUGUGCUAGAGGCCUCUAUAAUCUGUGCUAGAGUCCUCUAUAAUCUGUGCUAGGGGCCUCUAUAAUCUGUACUAGAGGCCUCUAUAAUCUGUGCUAGGGGCCUCUAUAAUCUGUGCUAGAGUCCUCUAUAAUAUGUGCUAGGGGCCUCUAAUCUGUGCUAGGGGCCUCUAUAAUCUGUGCUAGGGGCCUCUAUAAUCUGUGCUAGGGGCCUCUAUAAUCUGUGCUAGGGGCCUCUAAUCUGUGCUAGGGGCCUCUAUAAUCUGUGCUAGGGGCCUCUAUAAUCUGUGCUAGGGGCCUCUAUAAUCUGUGCUAGAGGUAAAACAAACAUGGCAGUGUCUGGUGAGUGGGAAAUAGUUUUCAUAAAUGUGUAGACAAGUUGAGAAAUGUAAAUGUCUAUAGUUGUUGUUAAUCGUAUGUCAUAAUAUGAUUUUGGAUAUUUUUUUUUUCGUUUUCAAGAUAAUUGACUGGAGUAGGCUACUGUAAACACGGGAGAAGUAACGUUAUCUACUAGCUAGCUAUGCUAUCUAGCUAACGUUAGCUAGCUACAGUGACAUUAUAUCAGCAGCAGCAAUGUCAACAAAGAUGUUUCUAUCUGUGAUGUUGAUGUUCAAGCAAGUGUGCCAAUCAAGACAUUUUGGAAAAACAUCACUGUAAGCCUGUAGAUAAUUGAUAUUUGGACUAGUAACCGGAAGGUUGUAAGUUCAAACCCCCCGAGCUGACAAGGUACAAAUCUGUCAUUCUGCCUCUGAACAGGCAGUUAACCCACUGUUCCUAGGCCGUCAUUGAAAAUAAGAAUU